CACACCUGGAGCAACAACCUGGCCGUGCUCGAGUGCCUGCAGGACGUGAGGGAGCCUGAAAAUGAAAUUUCUUCAGAUUGCAAUCAUUUGUUGUGGAAUUAUAAGCUGAACCUAACUACAGAUCCCAAAUUUGAAUCUGUGGCCAGAGAGGUUUGCAAAUCUACCAUUUCAGAGAUUAAAGAAUGUGCUGAUGAACCGGUUGGAAAAGGUUACAUGGUCUCCUGCUUGGUGGACCACCGAGGCAACAUCACCGAGUAUCAGUGUCACCAGUACAUUACCAAGAUGACAGCCAUUAUUUUCAGUGACUACCGCCUAAUCUGUGGCUUCAUGGAUGACUGCAAAAAUGACAUCAACAUUCUGAAAUGUGGCAGCAUUCGGCUUGGGGAAAAGGAUGCACAUUCACAAGGUGAGGUGGUAUCAUGCUUGGAGAAAGGCCUGGUGAAGGAAGCAGAAGAAAAAGAUCCCAAAGUUCAAGUUUCUGAACGGUGCAAGAAAGCCAUCCUCCGGGUCGCUGAGCUGUCCUCCGAUGACUUUCAUUUGGACCGGCAUUUAUAUUUUGCUUGCCGAGAUGAUCGAGAGCGUUUUUGUGAAAAUACACAAGCUGGUGAAGGCAGAGUGUAUAAGUGCCUCUUCAACCAUAAAUUUGAAGAAUCUAUGAGUGAAAAGUGUCGAGAAGCACUAACAACCCGCCAAAAGCUGAUUGCCCAGGAUUAUAAAGUUAGUUAUUCAUUAGCCAAAUCCUGUAAAAGUGACUUGAAAAAAUACCGAUGCAACGUGGAAAACCUCCCUCGGUCCCGGGAAGCCAGGCUCUCCUACCUUCUGAUGUGCCUGGAGUCAGCUGUGCACAGAGGGAGGCAGGUGAGCAGCGAGUGCCAGGGCGAGAUGCUGGACUACCGACGCAUGCUGAUGGAGGACUUUUCCCUGAGUCCUGAGAUCAUCCUCAGCUGCCGGGGGGAGAUCGAGCACCACUGCUCCGGAUUACAUCGGAAAGGGCGGACCCUGCACUGUCUGAUGAAAGUAGUUCGGGGGGAAAAGGGGAACCUCGGCAUGAACUGUCAACAGGCGCUUCAAACACUGAUUCAGGAGACUGACCCUGGUGCAGAUUACCGCAUUGACCGGGCUUUGAAUGAAGCUUGUGAAUCUGUUAUCCAGACGGCCUGCAAACACAUACGAUCCGGAGACCCAAUGAUCCUCUCCUGCCUAAUGGAACACUUAUACACAGAGAAAAUGGUGGAAGACUGUGAGCACCGUCUCUUAGAGCUGCAGUAUUUCAUCUCUCGAGAUUGGAAGCUGGACCCUGUCUUAUACCGGAAGUGCCAAGGAGAUGCUUCUCGCCUUUGCCACACCCAUGGUUGGAAUGAGACCAGUGAACUCAUGCCACCCGGGGCCGUGUUCUCUUGCUUAUACAGGCAUGCCUACCGCACCGAGGAGCAGGGAAGGCGGCUCUCACGGGAGUGCCGAGCCGAAGUCCAGAGGAUCCUACACCAGCGUGCCAUGGACGUUAAGCUGGAUCCUGCCCUCCAGGAUAAGUGUCUCAUUGAUCUGGGGAAGUGGUGUAGUGAGAAAACAGAGACAGGACAGGAGCUUGAGUGUCUCCAGGACCAUCUGGACGACUUGGCUGUGGAGUGCAGAGACAUCGUUGGCAACCUCACUGAGCUGGAAUCUGAGGAUAUUCAAAUAGAAGCCUUGCUGAUGAGAGCCUGCGAGCCCAUAAUUCAGAACUUCUGCCACGAUGUGGCAGAUAACCAGAUAGAUUCCGGGGACCUGAUGGAGUGUCUGAUACAGAACAAACACCAGAAGGAUAUGAAUGAGAAGUGUGCCAUUGGAGUCACCCACUUCCAGCUGGUGCAGAUGAAGGAUUUCCGGUUUUCUUACAAGUUUAAAAUGGCCUGCAAGGAAGAUGUGUUAAAACUCUGUCCCAACAUAAAAAAGAAGGUGGACGUGGUCAUCUGCCUAAGCACCACCGUACGCAACGACACUCUGCAAGAAGCCAAGGAGCACAGGGUGUCCCUGAAGUGCCGCAAGCAGCUCCGGGUGGAGGAACUAGAGAUGACAGAGGACAUCCGUCUGGAACCAGACCUAUAUGAAGCUUGCAAGAGUGACAUCAAGAACUACUGCUCCACUGUGCAAUAUGGCAAUGCGCAGAUUAUCGAAUGUCUGAAAGAAAACAAGAAGCAGCUAAGUGCUCGUUGCCACCAGAAAGUAUUUAAGCUGCAGGAGACAGAGAUGAUGGACCCAGAACUGGACUACACGCUCAUGAGAGUCUGCAAACAGAUGAUAAAGAGAUUCUGUCCAGAGGCAGAUUCAAAAACCAUGUUGCAGUGCUUGAAGCAAAAUAAAAACAGUGAGCUGAUGGAUCCCAAAUGCAAACAGAUGAUAACCAAGCGCCAGAUCACCCAGAACACAGAUUACCGCUUAAACCCUGUGCUAAGGAAAGCCUGCAAAGCUGACAUUCCUAAGUUCUGCCACGGUAUCCUGACCAAAGCCAAGGAUGAUUCGGAGCUGGAAGGCCAAGUCAUCUCUUGCCUCAAGCUAAGAUAUGCUGACCAGCGCCUUUCCUCAGACUGUGAAGACCAGAUCCGGAUUAUUAUCCAGGAGUCUGCUCUCGAUUACCGACUAGAUCCUCAACUCCAGCUGCACUGCUCAGACGAGAUCUCCAAUCUGUGUGCUGAGGAGGCAGCGGCCCAGGAGCAGACAGGCCAAGUGGAGGAGUGCCUCAAAGUCAACCUGCUCAAGAUUAAGACAGAAAUAUGUAAGAAGGAAGUGCUGAACAUGCUGAAGGAAAGCAAAGCUGACAUCUUUGUGGACCCAGUUCUUCACACAGCCUGUGCCCUGGACAUUAAACACCACUGUGCAGCCAUCACCCCUGGACGAGGGCGUCAAAUGUCCUGCCUCAUGGAGGCCCUGGAGGAUAAGCGGGUGAGGUUACAGCCGGAGUGCAAAAAGCGCCUCAACGACCGGAUUGAAAUGUGGAGUUAUGCAGCAAAGGUGGCCCCGGCUGAUGGCUUUUCUGAUCUCGCCAUGCAAGUAAUGACAUCCCCAUCAAAGAACUAUAUUCUCUCAGUGAUCAGCGGGAGCAUCUGUAUACUGUUCCUGAUUGGCCUGAUGUGUGGACGUAUCACCAAGCGAGUGACACGAGAGCUCAAGGACAGGUAGAGCCACCUUCACCACCAGAGGAACCACCUGUCCGUGCCCAGUUUGUACAGCCCUGUAUAGUGUACCCACUCACCUCGCUCUUUCGAGAGGUGCCACCAACGCCCGUGUUAGAGCAGCAGCAGGUGCCCACUGCAGUGUCCCAUGCAGACUUCGCCCAUGUCCACGGUGUCCUCCUCCUCAGCCGCCUGUGCAGCAUCAGCAGCUGGCCGCUUUGGUUCUCGCCUUUGUCGGCAAACUUGGGUUUACCUGCCCGUAGACAAGUCUCAUACCAACAGAACUACCAGUACUUCCAGAACCAACUCACCUGACCUGCAACUCAAAGGCUUUUUUUUUUUUUUAAGAAAAACAAAACAACAAAACAAAACAAAAAAACAAAAAAAAAGAAAAAUUUUUAAGGAAAGAAAAAAAUGUAUAUAGUAACACAUCUCCAAGCUUGAUUUGGGCAACGGGGUUAUUUCUUCUGUGUGACUGUGUAAAUGAAAGCAGGACUUAGAGGGAAACGCACCACCCAGUUCGCUGUCGCUGAGAUGUCUUGUCCACCACUCGGAAGCGUCUUUGGCCACAUCCGGCCAUGGAUGUCACCAGGUAGUGGGAAACCUAUAGCCAGCCUGCUGAGUCCUGUUUUCUUCAGCUGAAACAGUGAUACCUUCCAGUCCCACCUUGAAUGAGCCACUGUUGGUCUCGGCCCCAAGGCCUUGAGUAUCCCGUGAUGUUUUCACCUCAGCGAUGUAAACGUGAGCCUGGGUCAAGGCCACAUGGGUUGGGGGAGGAAUCUGGAGUUGGUGAACCUGGACAGCUCGAUAGUCCACACUCAGACGCUGGAUUCGUAGUCCCCAGGCAGUGGGAUCCCAGUGACCUGCCUCUCCCGGUACAGUGCAGGUCUCCGUUGGCCUGGGCCACCCUGCUAGCCCUGCUGCAGUGGGGGUCGCCACAGAAGUGCUCUGCCCCGCCCCUCCUGCCUCACAGGAGGCAGGGAUUGCGGGGGAGGACAGAGACAGGAAGGAGAGUGGGGUUUAACCAGCUCUGCUUUAUCUUUCAGGCUACCGUACAGGUCAGAGACAGUAACUUACAGAGAUUUAGCGUGGUCUCAGGGCGUGGCUAGUCCAACCUGACCUUCCUGCACACUCCAGGCAAACUUCCCAGACAAGCUCCUUUGCGCCUCCGCAUGGAGAGGGUGGAAAGUUAUUACGUUAAAAGAUGGAGGAUUUUCUCCGUUUUUUUUUUUUCCUUUCUUUCUGUCCAUUUGCUGCGUGUACCCACCUGAGUAGGCAUUGGCUAGCUGCAUAUGGCUGUUCGUCAUCAUCAACCUUUCUGGAAACUGAGCUCACAGAAGCAGUGUUGCUGGCCAUCCUCCGUCAUUCCCCCAUUGUGGAGAGGCUAGGGUCAGGGCAUCAGGGGGAGGAGACCGGGCAUCGCAGUCCAACCUGGCACUCUUCUGGUCGAGUGUGGGGCAUGAAGUCAUAUGAGAGGGCAACAUGUACAGUAGGAGAUAUAUUUAUAUAAUAUAUAUUUUGUUAACCUUUAGAUGUCCAUGAAGUAUUAUAAAGCACGUGCCUAAAACUGUCCACACAGACCAGGGCUGCCCCCGGCGCCCUUCCUGCCCCUGCGUCGCCUGUGCACCGAACUGCGUGCCUGGUACCAGAGCUUCGUGUCUUCCCUGGGUGUGUGCAGUCCACGGCGUAUCCAUGUGUGGGUCAGCCUAUUCAGUUCCUCCUCGUCUACCCCGACUGACGUAGAUUUGGAUACUGUGGUUUUCUUCCUUUCCUUUCUUUGUUUCUUUUCUGCUUCCCUUCCUGGAGGCAGUAGGUUCUAGAAGGCAGCUCUCGGUUACCCGCUCCUCAAGGAGUGCUGGGCACCGAGGGAAGCUGCUAUGCUGCUUGGUUUCCUUAGCCUUGCUCCUCGGGUCUGCCUGAUCUCAGCAGGUGUCCUGGGAUUCUUCAGUCUCAAAACUUGAAACAUUUGGUGUAUGAGCAGCACGCCCCUACUUCCACCCCUCUGGGCUGAUCUGAGCUGGCCCAGAGAGUCCCAUCUGGGGCAGGGCAAGGGGCCGCCAAAACUUGUUCCUAAGGACUGGGAAUGUCCUCUAAAUGCAGGACCGACUGACGUGUCUGGUAGGACUUCUCUGUUAGGAGUCCUGCUUGCCCUUGGACCAGGCGUGUGAGGAGUGCCGUUCUCCGUCUCUGCAGUCUCCCUCCUGGUGGCUGUAAGAAACGUCCUCGUCACCCUGUGCAUCUCAGAUUUCUGUUCUUUCUGAAUGGAGAAAAAUCCCAUGAGCUUUCUGCAGCAGAUUUGGAAGUUUGAUGAAGAGUUUGGUUCUUGAAAUACUUGUCAUCUUUAGAAAUGGUCAGAAUAGAAAGGUUACCGGCCGGAGCUUCGGUUGCUCGUUUCAAGUCUUGGACCAUUCUUCAGGUACUUUCCUGUGAUGGGCUCUUGAGAGUCCCGGGCAGGGUCCUAGGCAAGUCUUCAUCUGUCCGUGGGGCCAGCAUCGUCUGGAUCAGCAGCCCAGCCACGUCAUGUCCUUCAUUUGGCAUAACGAAACAGGUUCUGGAGCACCCCCGGUUCCUGGCCUCCCCGGCAGUGGCAGUUGCGGGUAUAAAUCAGCUAGUCAAAAACUAGUAUGGAAUCAUGACCCAGCUGUGGGAGCUGCCAAAAGACUUGCCUGCACCUUGCUCCUGGGGUCUAGCCCACUGCAGUAAGAAGAGUCAUCAGCAAGUCAGGUGUCUGGCCAAGGCCACGGCCCGAGACACUUGCUGAAAAUGACAGCAGCCAGGUCCCUGUCAUCUGACCUUGCCAGCUCAUGCUAGUGUCUCAGGGACUCAGAUGCAGUGUCCCCCAUCCUCUGGAUGCCAGGACCCUGGGCUCCUAAGACAGAGGAGCCAGUACAGGAGAGCACAGAUCCAUGCAGCCUGCUCCCUCUGACAGCCUCUUCCCACGGAAGGGGGCGCCACGGGUGAGACCGUCCCUCUGUUGCACCCCUGGACCCUCUACUGUUGCUGCCGCCCAAGACAAGUCUGCUGGCAAGCGCACUGAUGGGCCAGCCGUACCAAGCUUUGGGUUUGUUCCUGGGAAAGCCCUCUGCAUUCCCUGGCGGCCCCCUGACUGCGACUCCCAGCCCCAGUUCCAUGGGUCCGGUCAGCUUGUUCUGAGCCAAGGCAUCCUGAGAAGCUGAGGCCUCCUGGGGUUGCCGAUGAACUAGUAUUUAGCGAGCAGUGUUGACUCGAACCCUCUGUCUCAUCUGGUGUUUGCUCUGCUGGGGCGCGGGGAGUGGCUCAGCCAGCGUGAGGCGGGUGGGGUGGGAGGGUUGAGAGACAGACUGCUUUCCCAGAAGGUACAGUGGGAAGUUGCCGUCCACUCUCCUUUCUCCUUACUUCCUGAGGUCAGCUAAUACAAGAAUCCAGUGACGAAGACACCUGCUUUUAUGU